AUGUCCGAGGACACGGAGCGGGCGCUGCAGACGUUCCGAGCGCUGGUGGAGAACGCGGACCGGAAGUUUGGGCGCGUUCGAGACGUGGCGGCGUACGGAGGCGGCGCGAGCCGGCAGCAGCAGCAGCAACACGCGUUUCAGAAGGUGUUCAAGGCGUACACAAGAUUGUGGAAGUACCAGCAGGAGAACCGCGCGAAGCUGGUGGAGUGCGGGCUGAGGCGGUGGGAAAUCGGCGAGAUCGCGAGCCGAAUCGGACAGCUGUACUUCGGGCAGUACACGAGGACGAGCGAGUGCAGGUUCCUCGUCGAAGCCUACGUCUUCUACGAGGCCAUACUCAGCAGAAGGUACUUCCAGGGAUCCGAACCGAACGCCAAAGAUCUCGGAGUUCGCUCCAAGGAGUUGCGCUUCUACGCGCGCUUUUUGCUCGUUUCGGUCAUUCUCAACCGGACCGAGAUGGUUAAUCACCUCGUCGAACGGUUUGGGGCUUUGGUUGAGGAUUGCAAAAGUACCUUUCGGGGAUUAAGUAAGAAGCUGCUCUGUGUAGAUCAAUUGGUUACUGGUCAUUGUAUGAUACUUGAUUUAGGGUCCGUAGAUGAAAAGCUGAGGAUGGAAACUAACUUUAAGGAAUGGAAGCAAGUGGUGCAAGAAAUUAACCGUUUCACAAAAGUUGAUAAGGGCUUUAGUUUCAGGCCCAUGCGGUAUUGUGCUACAUUUGAUAAUCAUCGAGCUUCUCUUCCUUGUGUGGCUCGUUUUCAUGCAAAGAGGGUUUUAAAAUUUCAAGAUGCCCUGUUGACGAGUUAUCAUCGAAAUGAGGUGAAGUUUGCCGAGCUAACAUUGGACAUGUAUAGAAUGAUACAAUGUUUAGAAUGGGAGCCUAGUGGAACAUUCUAUCAAAAGCAAACAUUUAAACCUAAGGAGAACGGUGACACAAUUGAUCAUUCAGGAGCUUCUGGAAUAAUAGACAUGAAUCUUACUGCAGAUAUGACUGAUCCAACUAUACCUCCUAAUCCCAGAAAAGCUACCCUGUACCGUCCAUCUGUGACACAUGUGAUAGCAGCCUUAUCAAUAUCAAAUGAUAUUGCAUGGCUAUUUUAUGGCUUCUCCCAUCAUGACUUGGAUAUUUUUGUUUUGCCUUUGGUUAUGGCUACUAUUUGUGAGGAGCUGCCACCAGACAGUGUUGUGCUAGUAUAUCUUUCAGCCUCAGGGAAGGUUGGUCUUAAUAAUGUCUCUCAGUUGGAAAAUUCUGGGGGUUCAUCCAAAUAUUCAAGACACAAAGUCCCUUCUCAGACUUCUCAUGGACACAAUUCUGGACCUUCUGAAACUCAAAAUAAUGGCAAGAGAGAAAUGAGCUACUAUGACAAUUGUUUGUGGUUUGGUCCCAAGGGAAACAGUGGUACAAAUAAUCUCUACCCUGGCGAUCUUAUUCCCUUCACUCGGAAACCUCUUUUCUUGAUUAUUGACAGUGAUAACAGCCAUGCAUUCAAGGUUUUACAUGGUGCUGAAAGGGGUGAAACGGCUGCUCUAUUUCUUUCACCUUUGAGACCGAUUUUCAAGAAUCCAUCUGAUGUAAAUUCAAAUAAUGGAAGCCAAUUUACCUUUUUUUUGACUGCCCCUUUGUCAGCAUUUUGCCAAAUGAUUGGUAUUUUCCCCAAUGAGGCCGAUACAGAUCUCUACAAUGAAGCAGAGAACAUAAUAGCUAAUGCUUUCACUGAGUGGGAAAUAAUUCUUUGCUCAUCAACUACCAUGGAUUUAGUAUGGGCGCAGGUUAUAAGUGAUCCAUUUCUAAGGCGGCUUAUCCUAAGAUUUAUAUUCUGCCGAUCCGUGAUCUCUUUUUUCUGCCCUCCUGAGGAAAGCGACCAGUAUCUUCCACUUUGUUUACCUCAUCUACCCUCUUCUGUUGCACCAACGUCUGAAGCCGUGCGUUCUGCUGUUGUGCAACUUGCCAUGCACUUUGACGUUGCUGACUCCUUUCACUUUACUGAAACAUAA